GUGGCGCGGGAAAUGAACAGAAUGUGGGCUGCGUGCAGUUGUAGGACCUGCAUUCAUUGUUCACUGCUGCGGUGUGUGUGUGUGUAUGUGUGUCUGUCUGUUUAUCUGUUUAUCUAGGGCGAUAAUUAAAAGUAAAAUGCCAGCCACCCGCUCCAAGAAACUGGCGGCUCAGCCUCCAUCUACCAGGAUGAGUUUGAGGAGCUUCCGCAGCAUCCCACUGGUUCCCAUGGAGACUUCCUCUUCUUCCUCCGAUGACAGCUGUGAUAGCUUUGGCUCUGAUGGAGGCUUUGCAAAUACGAGAGGCAGCUUAAGACAGACGAGGAGGAUGGCAGAGAAACCAAAGGUGUUUGAGGCUACAUCAGAGGAGGAUACAUGCGUCAGGUUUGGGGAGAAUGUGAUCAACAGUCAGAUGAAGGCCAUGAAAGUGGACUCUGAACCUCUGAGACGUGGCCGCAGGUCCAACGUCCUGAAGGUUGCCAUGACAUUCCCUACCAAGAAGACGGGCAGGAAGAGGCCUGCAUCCGAACCACUCCAUAAAACUGAAGUACAGGACUCCGAUGAGGAAGAGGAGAACGUCAUGGACAAGAGAGCCCUGAAUAUUAAGGAGAACAAAGAAAUGCUUGCGAAACUCAUGGCAGAGCUGAACAAAGUACCUGGACUCUUUCCAAGACGGAUGUCAAUGUCGGCAUCCACUACGCCUCGACAGGCACCUCGGCGGUCCAUGGGAGCUCCAGGAGCUCGUAGGAGAAACCCAGAGCGUUUGUCCCGACCCCACACACGGUCCCGCACACUGGUGGACGGACCCCCCAGCCCAGCUCCAGAGGAGGAGCCCGAGGACAAGUUCAGCCUGGUCCGCAAAAGCCGCUACUAUGAGGAAGAUGAUGAGCCAGUAAGUCACAUCACAAAUAGUCCCCGUCGCCGUUCCUUCAAUGGUUCCAAGGCCAUCCCUCAUGUAGUGCGGCCUGUGGAGGACAUCACAGAGGCAGAGCUGCAGAGAAUCUGCCACAACGUGCGGGAGAAAGUCUACAACAGCUCCACUGGAUCCACUUGCCACCAGUGCCGCCAGAAGACAAUCGACACCAAAACCAACUGCCGUAAUCCAGAGUGUGUGGGGGUGAGGGGUCAGUUCUGCGGCCCCUGUCUCCGUAACCGCUACGGAGAGGAGGUCUGCGACGCUCUGCUGAACCCGGAGUGGCAGUGCCCGCCAUGCAGAGGUAUCUGUAACUGCAGCUUCUGUCGGGCCCGAGACGGUCGCUGUGCUACUGGAGUGUUGGUUUACCUGGCUAAAUAUCAUGGCUUUGACAAUGUGCACGCCUACCUGAAAAGCUUGAAAAAGGAGCUGGAAGAGAGUAGCAAGUGAAGUACGGAGGAAGGAGCUGAUCCUGGACCUGACUGACAUGCUCUCUGACCAUUUUGUUUACAUACACACAGUCCAACUAUUGUUCAUAGUGUUUCAAGCAUUAUAACACAAUGCUUAUUAUUGUUCCUGUUUGUGAAAUUUCACAUACGUUUUGAGCAUUGACUGACAUCUGGAGGAGGCACACGCAGCCAGUUCUCUCCAGCCUAAAGCUUGCAUUGUUUUUGUUUUCCCACAUAUUUUCCUGCCUGUUCUCAAGAGCUGAGCCCUUACAUUAAGACUGGUUGAUUGUAAAGUUAAGGUGGAGCAAAACAAAUUUUAGGAAAACAUCUCAACCUUAAAUUUUUGACUGCCCUCCGAGAUCUUAAAUAUUUUAAGAUGAUUGAUGUACAUAUCCCCGUAGCAUGUAAUUUUUUUUAGCUGAAUCAUCCUACCUGCUGCAAAAAAUUCAGGCUUGUUUAGAUGAUCUACUCUAUUUUACAUUGUUUUAAAUGUAUAGAUUUUACACAGCCCACUUGGACAUUAAUUGGCCUCCAAGGGAUCCAUUUUUGUGCCUUUUUUUUCUAGUUGUAAAUUUAUGCUUGUGUUUUAUAACAAGCUGUGUAGCCUUUUGUAAAUCUGCUGAAAGUAACUGUAAAAAAAACCCAAACAGUUUGCUUUAGUUGGGUUGUCCCGUAGAAAUGACCCAAUGAUCUGCAUGCUACUGAGGUGGUGCAGGUGGAAAGGGCAUAGACUGGGGUCCACUGCCUCUCACUUCUAAGCCGAGAGGAACUGUGUGAUAUACUACAGCGCCUGGUUAAAUAUCCUUCAUUAGAUAACUGUCACUAAUGGUGUGGAAACAAUUAGCACACUAAUGGGAAUCUCAUACCUGUAAAUCAUUUUAUCCUGUUAAAGCACAUUCUCGCUCUGCUCCAGUCUCUUUGGCUCAUUUUCUGCCUUACACUGUUAAGUAGGAAUGGUUGAAGGUGCCACUGAAGUGGCAAUAGAGUUAUGGCCUGCAUUUUCUGUUCAGAAGUGUAAUACUCUACACGAAAUGACAUGGAAUUAACCUUUGUGUCGUUCAUCUUUAAAAUGUACUUCAUUCGACCUGCACCAGGACAUUCUCUGAUUAUAUGAUUCUGUUUCAAAAUAAUCAACGGUUGAGAUUUCUACUUUAAUGUAAUGGCAGGUGGAGGUUAUCUUGCCGCUGCUUGUAUUUAUCAGGUACUGCACUCCUAACAGGAAGAGUAGUGCUGACCUGUUAAUGGGAAUAUCUGUUAUGGUGUUGCUUGCUCUGUGCUCACUGGGUUAACUGUAUAUUUUCAUUAAAGAGUUAAUCACUGCA